AGUGUGAUUCGUUUAAGCAUUUCAAUCGACUGGAAGGAUCCAUCGAGUGAAUUUAUAGUGAAAAUCAACCGAGAUGUCUGGCAUACUAGCUACACUACCUUUGCAUCUUGCCUGCCAGUUGAUGACCCACGGGUACAACGGAACCGUAAACGUGUCUCAGGCCGAUCAUUACGCCCACCUGGCAAAUCAAACAACUGAAUUAUCAGGAGGCUACACCAUCUUUCCGGAACUCGGAGUCGCCUACAAAUUUUACAAAAAUAAACUGACGUGGAACGCAGCGAGGAAACAAUGUAUAUCGGAAGGCGCUUCGUUGGCCAUAAUAGAUUCCUUCAGAAAAAUCGACUACCUGAUGACGAUCAAGGACAAGGCUCUGGGUUUACACACCGGAAUGCACAGACUCUUCGACACCUCUGAAUGGACCAAUAUAAGAACAGGUCAACCGAUGCACUUCAUACCGUGGAAAUCAGACGUAAAUCUGAACGCAUCUCCUAUCCUGACGUGCUCUGCGAUGUGGAACGACGGAAGCGGAGUCGGUCCAUGGAAUUGUAUUAGCCCUUUACCUUCGGUUUGUGAAAAGCAGGUGUCAAGGACCGAACAAAACUCAGAGUCAGAUAUUCAUCAGAACGUGGUGGGCGCAUUUCGGGCUAAUUAAAUAUGAAUUAUUUUACAAAAUUCUGUCCUAUCGAGAUCAAUAAACUAUUUCUAAUCUUCACCGUUUAUCGCAUUGGCAUUCGUCAUAACAAAAAUCAUUCUCCUCAACUUGAUAAGUUCAGAUGCAGUUUUGGAAGUGUGACACCCGUCCUCGUUCGCUCAGAGAUAAACGAAGAGGAAACAAUCUUCAAUGAAUAUAUACGCAUCGCAAGAACUAACGUCAAGGAAACUGAUAUGUAUGUGCCGUUUACGCAAGGAAGUGUAUCAAGUGAUGGGUCGGUCAUAUCAUGACAUGAAUAACUGGCGGGGUUAUCGCUGCUGCUAUGCAUUAUUAUGCGGGUUUGUAAAAUGACUCUCGACAUAAGACGUUUGACAGUGAAUAGAAGAUGUCCAAAGCACUCGUAACAUUGCCGCUCCAACUGGUUUGCCAGUUGGUUAUUCGCGGGGCUUUCGAUACCGGAAAUACACAAUGUGUCGUGAAUUCUACGUGGCCGGAUGACAACUCGCAGCUUGUGCCAGCUGGUUACACGGCCUUCAGCGACAUCGGAGUCGCCUACAAGUACCACAACUAUAGCCGCAACUGGAAUUUAGCGCGUAAAGAUUGCAAUUUGGAAGGUGCUCAUUUGGCGGUGAUAGAUUCGAAAAAAAAAUUAGAUAUCGCCAUGUCUCUGAAAGAUCCGAUGUCCAGCGUACACGUCGGCGUUCACAGAUUCUUCGACAAGUCGGAAUGGGUGUCCGGUAUAACAGGUUUAUCGGUACUUUCCAUGCCUUGGACAUCGAUAACGAACGAGGGAACGGAUGAAUAUAACUGCGUGACAUUGUGGUAUGACGGAAGAGGCGUUUGCGCCGACGACUGUAAUUCUUCGCGGAAAUUCAUUUGCGAACUUCCACUAAUUAUGAACGAAGAAACGCGGCCCUAAAAGAUAUGGCCUUCUUCUUCCAUUUAGCGAAGGUGAUUUAGCAUAGUCUCUAUUCGAUGAAAAUAAAUAAAUAAUAAUAAGAAGAAGAAGAAAUACAGUAAAAUAUUGAAUCGA